CAGCGCUGUGGAUGCUUGCAGGGACAGAAACAUGGCUGUGAAUCUCGGCAAGAACAGACUGGAGCUGCUGACCGCCUACCAGGACGUCAUCGACGAGACCUCGGACACCGACUGGGCCUUGUACACAUAUGAGGAUGACAGCAAUGAUUUGAAGUUGGCAUCAUCAGGAGGAGGAGGUCUGGCAGGGAUCACGCUGACCUUUGACAAUGCCAGGGUGAUGUACGGCUUCUGCAGCCUGAGGGAGCCCACCGCCGCGCUGCCACGAUACAUCCUCAUCAACUGGGUCGGGGAAGACGUGCCGGACGCAAGGAAGUGCGCCUGUGCCAGCCACGUGGCCACCAUCGCGGACUUCUUACAGGUCAGACCCUCCAUGGGGGUGGAGGUCACCAUCAACGCCAGCAACCUGGACGACAUCGACCCGCUGGCCAUCGGGCAGCGGCUGACCAACGGGACGGCGGCGCUGGUGGCGAGCCCGGUCCUGAGCCGCCUGAAGACCCGAGAGGAGGAGCACAAAGAUGUGGGCACAGUGUACGAGAAGACCAACGCAGAGGUGGAGAUGAAGAAAAUCAAUCGGGAGGAGUUUUGGGAGCAGGCCAAGCGUGAAGAGGAGGUGAGGAAGGAGGGGGAGAAGAAGAAGGUGGCGGAGGAGCGGCAGCUCUUCGAGGAGGAGCGGAUGGAGCUGGAGAGGAAAGAGCAGGAGAGCCGGGAGCUGAGGUACCGCGAGAGGGAGCAGCAGAUCGAGGAGCACAGGAAGAAGUUUCUGGAGGAGGAGGAGACCAAAGAGAGGUUGCGGAGCCAGACCACCAUGGCAACAGAGGCGAGCCUGGACGAGCUGAACCUGGACAAGAAGGAGACUGAGGUAGAGGAGGCGAAGGCCAUCAUCGCUCAGCGGUCAGAAAACCCGCGAGAGUUUUUCAAGCUGAAGGAGAGAGCCAUGACGGUCAGCGUCGACACCUCCCCCGUCUCCGUCCACAGGACCGGCCGCUUGGACAGCCCGUUCUUGAAGCAGCAGCACAGUCCGAGCCGCCCCAGUCCGACCCCCCCGCCCCGGGGCCCGUCGCCCCUCCGCACCCCUCCACACGCACGGACGCAGCCCAGCGCUGCAGCCGGCGACGACGACGAUGAAGCAUACGCAGAUCGCAACAUGGCCGCCGUGUCGCCCGUUCCUAAACUAGUCACCCCGUCCAUCAAAGAGGACUUGUGCCGGGAGGAGGACGACGACUGCAGAGACGAGUGGGAUUCGGUGCCAAAGCAGGAGCAGAAAGCGCCGUUGCAGGAGUCGACCUCCGCCAAGCCCGUGCAGAGCGUCGCCCCGCAGGCCCGCGACUCCUCCGGCUUCUCCGUGUGGGAGUCCGGCAACGACAGCCUGGUCAACCUGUGGGACAGCAGCUCCGGCCCUCCCCCCAACCACUCCCAGACCUCCCAGUCCUCCAAUCUGGUGGACCUGAUGGGCGGCGACGUCGGCGCUCCUCCGCCCGGCACAGCCGGCGCCGCCACCAGCGCCAAGCCCCAGCCCCUCCUCAGCUUCGACGAGAUGGCGGACGGGACCUUCUGCUCGGCCGCCACCGAGGACGACCCCGCCAGUCUUGUGGACGUGAUGGGCCCCGACCAGAUGACCCUCAGCUACCAGCAUGCACUGCAGCAUGCAUCCGGGGAAAAGAAGGUGCUGGAAGACGGACAGCGACUGAUGACCAAUGGGGACACGCUGCUGAAAGAAGGCUCUCAGGCGAGUGAGGGCUACUUCAGCCAAUCACAGGAGGAAGGAUUUGGCCAAUCAGAAGAGUCCUCGGCUAAACCUGCGCCUGUCUUUUAUAACAAGCCACCAGAGAUCGACAUUACGUGCUGGGACACGGACCCCGUGGGCGACGAAGACGACGACUAACCAGCCAAUCAGACGCCACCACAGGACCAAGAGGAAGUAGGAAGUGCGCUUCAUGAAGAAACUGAUUUUUUUCUAAAAAAACAAAACACAAACAAACAAAAAAGUAACAAUAAUAACGAAUCUUGCAUCAAAAGUACUUCUGUAUUAUCUUUUAGAGGGAAACAAAACAGUAGCCAACAUUUAAAAAAAAUGACGGGGUUUGAGUUUAAAGAUGGUUUGAAGGCUCAGUUAUGGGCUUUUUUUCUGUGUUUGUUAUUUUAUUUAUUUGUUGGGUUUUUUUUCUCUUUUUUCUUUGCUAUGCAGAUGUUAUAGCUGGGAGUGGGGGGACUUUAGUUUGUGUAAAUGAUUUAUUACACGUUAACGUGGCGCGCUGCUGCAUAUUAGAGACAAUGGAGCCCAGUGUGUGACAGGCGGCCGCCACACCUAGUCUGUAGUGCUUUUAUAACACCCUAUAAAACUAAUACGGUGGAUCGUUACAGCUGCCAUGUAUAUCUUCACUCUCUGAUUCUUUUCUUACCUCUUUUUCACCUCCCUCCUCCCUGCUGCCUUCCUCCAAAAAUAUCCAGAAAUAUUCACCUCUUCAAGUCAAUUAAUCUUGUAUUUAGCCCUCAAUUUAUUGGAGAAAAAAGGUGACAUUUGUAUUUAUUGUGGUGUAUCUAAACAGCUGAUGGGACCCUGAAAGAAAUCUAUUCAGUCAAAUUGUGGCUCCGUUUGUUUUCCUUUUUUUUUUGUUCCUUCUGUUUGAUUUUAAGACUGAAUUCAAGAUUAAAUGGCUUGUAAAUCUGGUUGCUCUUUUUCAGUGCACUUUUCUUUUCUUUUUUUCUUCUGCCUCCUCGCAGAUCAACUGCAGCCUCUAAAUCAAACCCUCCCCUCUGGUUCAAGAGAAGUCAUAGUUUAUAUCCCACUUAUAUAUUUACACAGCAAAAAGAAGAAGAGGCUCUUCAUCGAAUCUUGAUGAAUAUACUGUAGAUAUUUUUCCAAGAGUAAACAGUUUUGUAGGAGAGUUUGGCUUUAAGAUAAUGAACAUUAAGCCACAUUCAGCUUGUGCACAGCAGGAAAAAACAAGAAACCAAUGAAUCGUUUGUAUGAUUCUGAACUUCCUCCAAAAACUAAAAAAAAUAAGACUUUAUAAUGUGGGCUUUUUUGGACCGCAGUGAGCACGGCUCCUGUUCGGAGUCGAGGAGGUUUUGGGAGGCAGGACUGCCUUUUCCUUAUUAAAAAAAUGUAAAAAAGCAGUUAGGCCUUAUUGUUCCACUCAGACUGAGGCUGUUAAACUUGUAAACUUGGGCCACACGGUGUUUUCAAACUUUUUACAACUUUGUUUUUUAAUCUGCAUGGAGAACCAGAUGCUCAUAAUUUAUCACAUCACUACUGUACUGAUUUGAUCAAAUCAAUCUUAUUUAUCGAGGGGUCUCUUCACAGCCAGCAUGGACAGGAAGAACAUUUACAGCUGGCAAGAAGCCAUUUAAAUACGGGCAUGCGAGUAAUGUACAAUAUGAAACUGUCUAUAUCCUUCCUUUGGACUUUUAAGUUCACAAAAAAACACACUGCUUCCACUCUUAAAUUCCUCAAUUUUAAAGUGCAAUACGCACCUGAUCAUCCCCUUUAAGGCUUCGGUAAAGUUCGUAGGAAUUCCAACGGGUGACAUUUUAUCUUUUUUUUAGUUCAAGAAGUAUGGCCUGUGUGAAAAAGACAAAAGUUGCUCAGCCAACAUAUCCGCAGUGUAAUUCUGCGACAUGAACUGAAGAUUUUAAAAACUGUUCUGAAAUCUGUUCCUCCAAGCAGCUUAAAACAAACACUCAGAGUGAUUCUUUAUUCCUCCCUGACCCACAAGUCUGCUGCCUCACUGCAUUUGUUCUGUGCCAUGCAAACAACAACAAAAGUACCACGUGUAUUUUAUUUUUUAUUUUCAUUUUUUUUAUUUCAUUGAUGCAAUAUUUAGUUGCCCUGGAAACUGGAGUGAGAGGCGGGAUGAGAUGGGAGGACGUGUGUGUGUUUUCAAUAUCUGUCAAAGAGUGUGCUAGAAUUGAUUUUCAGGACCUUUUUGAAUAUUAGCAACAACCGUGUUAGUCUUUUUUUGCUGUAAAUUCCUGUAGAAAAUAAUAACUCCUAGGCAAUAAUAACAUGUGUGUGUAGAGCACCUGGAUACUGUGUGUGUAUGUGUGUAUGUGUGUGUGUGUGAUGCCUUUGGGGACCUGGUUUGAUUUAUACCUCUGCAUCCCACAUGAUCAGGUGACAGGAGGACGAUGCGCCCGCAUCCAACAUGCACUUCAUUUUAUUAAAUCCUGUGAAAUCAGACUCAAUAAGUGAAUAAAUACGCAACCCGUGAACUCA